UAUAAGUGAUCUGACAGGGUACAGGAGAUGUAGUCAGUCCACAGUACCGACGAGAGAUCGCAAGCACUUGGAGCAACAUGUUUAAGCUGAUUAUCCUUCUCGUCACCGUCGCCUACGCAUCUGCCGGCCUCUACUCCGGAUACGGAGGGCUCUACGGCGGCGGUUACGGCUAUGGUGAUUACGGCUACGGCUUGGGUCAUGGCAUAGCGGCGAUCGCACCAUACGCGCACGCUCCAGUUGCGACCAGUUACGCCAAUACGUACAAGGUCGCGGUGGCUCCACCCGUCACUAAGCUCGCCGUCGCACCUGCCAUCACAAAAGUGGCAUACGCCGCACCUGCCGUCACAAAGGUAGCUUACGCCCCUUACUCAGCUCCAGCAGUGAGCUACGGACAUUAUGGAUAUACGAUUCCACCAUCGGUUACCUAUCUUCAUAGCGGUCUUGGAUAUGGCCACAAUCUUGGAUAUGGUCUCGGAUAUGGCUACGGACUCGGCUAUGGUCACGGCUAUGGAUAUGGCGGAUAUGGUGGAUACUAUCAUUGAAUGGGACUAUCGAAUCGGGCCGAAGUUUCGACGAAUAAACGUCCCCUUCGACAAGUUUGAUUGUAAAUGGCUGGCGAUAUGGCCUGCCUUACUGCCACAAACAUUGUCAUCGGCUAUGUACAUGAUGUUUAUAAUACACAUUUUUAUCUUUUA